AAUUAUAACAGCUUCAUACACUGCAUUGUUGCGCUGUACACCAAGUCAACGGGAAGACAGAGCGGGCAAACCGGACCCCGCAAGUGCUCUCACGUCUAGGCAACCAAACGACAUUGGAAUAUAUCGCAUCUAUAUUAUAUUGCACCAUUCAAUUUUCAGCUGCUGCCCUUGUAAAUUUGAAGGGCUUGGGCGCCCGAGCUCAAGCGAAGCGUUCUCCAGCUCCAGGGUUGACGCCGGUUCCAUUGUAAUACGCUGCAAGAGGCCUCAUUGUGAUGGAAUGAGCUAUGCUGGAUAUUGCGGUCUCCAAGAACGCUUGCACAUGAAUUGAGAGGGUUACGCUCAUGAGGAGCACGCGCUGGUGCAGUGGCAACCUCAUGAGCGAACCGUGAGACCUGUGCGGGUGUAAGGAUGGGCUUCGUGAUCGUAGCGUUGCUUCUUGGGUUCGUCGGAGCGGUUGUCGCCUGUGCGGCAGCGGCAGCAGCGUUCGCCCUUGCCACCAGUGUGGCGACUUCAAAGUACAAAAAGCAGCUGCACGGCGUUACUGCCCGCUAUGAGGCAGUGCUACGAAAUGCCGAUGCUGGGGGUCUGGGGCCUGGGGCGCCCACUGCGGCAUCUGGUGCUGCGGGCGGCGCUGCAGGCGGCGCCGCCGCUGGCGGCCCCGGGGGCGGCGCAGGCGCUGGAGGAGGCGUUGCGGCCAUGUACGAGUCAUUCACGUUGGGGUGGCUCAACCUGCUGGUGCAGCACCUUUGGGUGCCGGUGCUUGAGAAAUUCGUGUCUACUCUUGCGGCGGAGCGGCUGCAGGUCAUCCUGAACGAGGUACUGCGCAAGUUUGCGACUCGCGCCCCCUGGAAGUUCAUUGAGUCGGUGGCGGUUGAGGAGGUGACCUUCGGCCUGGCGCCGCCGCAGUUCCAGUUCUGUACGGCCAAGUACGACCCCAGCAGGUCGUACCUGCUGCUCACCAUGAACAUGCACUACCACAGCAGUGGCUUCCAGGCGGUGCUGACGCCGCGCAUGCGUCAGAUCGGCCUGCUGCAGCCUUUCAGUGUGCGGCUGGAGAUCAUGCAGCUGCACAUCGCCGGCAAGCUGCACCUGGGACUGCACCUCACAAAGGAGCCGCCAGGCAUCAAGGGCAUCGACUACUCCUUCGCAGCGCCGCCGGAGUUUGACAUCCAGGCCAGCCCCGUGGGCUACCUGAACCUGCACGGCGAGCUGCCCGGGCUGGUGGGCCACCUGCGCACGCACCUGCAGCGCAUCAUCACGCGUCGCCUGGUGGAGCCGCACCGCCGCUACCUUGACCUGCAGCGCAUCUACCGCAACAAGCACCUGCAGCGGGUGGGUGGUCCGGGAGGCUGCCUCCGCGUAUGCGUCAUUGGCGGUCGCAACCUGAUGGGGGCACGGGCCGGCGCCGCAGGGGCUGCGGGAGCAGGCGCGGGUGCGACGGGCGGCGGCGCAGGGCCCAAUGCGGCCGCCAGCGGGGCUGCAGGCAGCGCGGCGGCGCCCGACUGCGACCCGUAUGUGGAGCUGCGGUUCGGGCGGGAGGUGUUCCGCACGCCCAUUGCCCACCACACCGCCGACCCGGUCUUCAACUGGCAGUUUGACCUUCGGCUGCCUGCCGACCUCGCCUCCGCGGGGCCCUCCCCGGCAGCGGCGGCCGCGGCCGCUGGCGGCGACCCCGUCGCUGCGGCCGCGGCAGCUGGGGCCGCAGCCGCGGCUGCGGCUGCGGGCAACGUGGUGUUGCACUUCCGGGUGCUCAACGCACGCACGAUUGGCGAGCCCGAGAUCCUGAGCACCGGGACCCUGGACGUGGGCACGCUGGCGCUCCAGCCCAACGGCGACCCGCGCGCCCGCCUGCUGGAGCUGUCGGCGUUGGGGCCUGGGGCUUCAUCGGGCGGGGCUCAGGCUGGGCCGCAGGCGCAAGCCUUCGGCGCGUCCCGGGGCACGCUCAGCCUGCAGGUGUGCUGGCUCAAGGCCGCAGCCAAGCGAGGCAGCCCGUUCCCGCAGGAUGCGGCCCGCACCGCCGCCAUCGCCGCAGCCGCUGCAGCUGCAGCGGCCGCGGCAGGCGUCGCAGCGUCGGCCGCCGUCCCACCCGGUGUGGACCCCGCCGCGUUUGCGACAGCGGCGGCGAGCGCUGCAGGCAGCGGCCCAGGGCUUGCAGUGCCGGGCAUGCAUCGGCAUGCAGCCGGGGGCAACACCGCGUCGCCGUACAGCAGCAGCGCGGGCACGACGCCGGCGCAGAUGACGCCGGCGCCUUCCUUCCGCAGCAACAACCAGGGCACGCCGCCUCAGGGCACGCCGCCUGGUGCCGGCCGGCGCGGGGCUGGCAGCAGCGGCGCCGUCAGCGGCGGGGCCAGCGGUGGCGACCUCGCAGCCAUGGGUGCGGCCGAGGCGGUGGCGGCGCACGCCUCAGACGUGACGGGCUCCCGGCCGAUGCCGCCCAGCCGUGGCGACGCCAGCAGCGGUGCGACAGCAGGCGCUGUCGACGCGUCGUCGAGUAGCAACCGCGAGGCGACCAAGUCGGCGCGGGGCCUGGUGGCAGCUGCAGCGGCCGUGGGCGGCAUGUUCCGGCGGGCGCGGCCGCAUCCAGCGGUGGCCGUCGCCACCUCAGCCGCGGCAGGCGUGGGCCCAGGGGCGCACCACAGCCGCCAGUCGUCAUCGGACUCGUCCGGGCUGCCCCUGCAGCAGGCAGCGGCGGGCGCACAUCACGGCCGCUUUGCGCAGCACGCGACCGCGGGGCCGCACGGCGGCACCGCCCACCUCAGCCGCGGCCCCUCCCGUCAAUCGUUGACGCUCGCGUCGGAGCUGACGCUAUCAGACGGCACGCCGCUGCAGCAGCAGCAGCAGCCCGGCAGCGGCCUCAACGGCCACAUCGGCUACCCGCCCCACAUCGGCGCGGAUAACAGCGGCUAUACCGAGCUAUGUGAGACGGUCCCGGAGGGCGCAUCCGCCUCAGCUUCCUCCACCUCCUCUAGGCUCUACACGGCAGGGGCUGCACCUGUGCCCGCAGUGGGGUUGGUGACGCCGCCUUCCAAAUGGCCAGGGGGGCCCGGAGGCAAGGGCAGCAGCACGGGCAGCGGCGGCAAGAAGCAGACAGCAGCAGCGGCGGUGGCCGGGCGCCACCGGCGCGCGAUCAGCCACAUCCUCACGCUAGGUCAUUGGCGUGGCAUCGGUGGUGGGAGCGCGUCAAGCUUGCCUGAUGAUGUCAGUGGAGAUGCAGGCGGUGACAUUGCGUCGGCGAGCAAGGUGUCGGGCAAGCCGGGCAAGCAGGCCGCAGCAGCUGCUGGAUGUGUCGCAGUGUCCGCCACAGCGAAUGGGGGGCCGGCCGUAAGGAAUCCGGUGGGGUCACCGGACCUGGCAGCCACGAAGGCGGCUGUAGCUGGCAACAGGUCUACCGCCGGCAUCUCCUCUCCCUUUCGCAUUGCAACUGCGGUCGCGGCCGCGGCUGCCGCUGGCGGUAUCUCUGCAACUGGCCGGAGGGUCGAUACUGACGGCUCUGCGACCAUGGCGGCGCCUGGGUCGGACGUAGCUGCUCGGGCAGGUGGCGAGAACCUGCAGCCUGCUGGCGGAAGUAACGGCGUGGCCACCAUGCCGCCCACACCCACACCAGGCGCCAGCGCGACUGCAGGAGCGGCAACGGCCUCCACGGCUGCGUCAGGCCAGCACCGUGCCUUGGAGCGCGAUCCCCUCGCUGACAUAACCAAGUCCGGCGGCGCGCCGACCGUGUCUGCAGCGGGAGCAGCGCCGCCAUCACCGGGCCUGGCGCUGUACGGAGAGUCUGUUCCUCGCGAGAGCGGGACACCCACGCCGCUGCUGCCAGAGAGCAGCAUGUCGGCGUCCGCAACCGCUGGCACUACUGGCGCGGCUGCAGACGCGCCCGGAAACGCGCAAAGCGUGCCUGCCCGCGCGCGUCCGGCGCAUCUGCAGCCGCCACAGCACGAGCGAAAUGCCUCGAGCAUAUCGGACGUGUCGUCCACCCCCGAAGGCCUGGCCACGAUCAGUGGCGGAGGGCAGAUGGGUGCUGCCGUCCAGAAUGCAUCGAACACCAGCUUGCUCGCAGUGGCUGAAGCUACCGCAGCUAGUGCAGUAGCGGCAGGCGCCAGGGAGGCGACCACGGAGCGCGGUGGUAGCAGCGGCGUCGCAACGAACGGACUCGUUAGGGGCGCUGCCAGCGGACCGCAGGCAAGGGCAAAUAGCAUGAGCAAACCUGCGGCUCGCAGCCAGGUGUCCACGCUGUUCGGCCUGUUUGGGUCCUCAGCAAGUGUAGCGGCGGCGGCGGCCGGUCACGAGAGUGCGGACGCUUCGACCUCGCAGGCCCAGAAGCCUCCGCUUUACAGCGGUGGAUCAGGGCGUCAGCCGGCUCUUGCGGCGAACAGCGGCGGUCCUGGGUCCGCGGCAAGCGGUGCGCCGCCGCUGCCUCACGCGGUCAGCGGGGCCCAGAAGGCGCUCGCCCACCAGCGCACGGUAUCAGGCGGAAGCCCCACGCCCGGCCACAACCGCCCACAGCACAGCCCCUACGCACAGGGCAGCCCAGCUGUCAGCACCCCGCUGGCGCAAGCCGGCGCGUCGGGCAGCGUGGCGGGGCACGGGGACGGCCCCAGCGGCGCCGUGAGCGGCACGGGGUACGCGAGCGGGCCCCCACCGCACGCGGACCUCAUGUCGUCCUUCAACGCAGCCAAUGUGUCGCCGUGGCAGGAGCCGCCACAGGGUGCUAUGGGCGGCCUGGCCGCAGGCUUCAGCGGCGCGAGCCAUGGAGCUGGCGCUGGUGUUGGCGGCGCCGACUCGGCCCUGCUGCAGUCGCUGGCUCAGGUGAUGAAGAUGCACCGGCUGCUGCAGAGCGAGCGGGCGGCGCGGGCCGAGGCGAUGGAGAUGCUGAGCGAGGUGCGGCGCAAGUACGAUGCCAUGGUGCGACUCAGGCGCUUUGAGAACAACCGCGCGCUGGUGGAGGGCGCGCGCUUCCUGCUGCAUCUGGGCCGCGACGUGCGGCGCGUUGUGGUGUGGUACAACGAGCCGCGCGGGCGGGUGCAGGUGGACCCAGACACAGGCGGACUGGCGGAGCGGGGCGGCGGAGCGGGGGCCGCGGGCGCAGGCAGCGAGCCCUGGCCGCGCAGCUUCCAGCCGCAGGAGCUGGAGCGCGCGGAGCGCAGCGCCACGGCCUUCCCCAACCCCAGCGCCUGGGCGGGCGUCAUGGCCGCCAUCAUGGGCCGCGUGCGGCCGCCCGCGCCCACCUCGCUGGACCCGCUCAAGUGCUUCAGCCUGUACCUGGAGGGCGGCCGCGCGCUGCACCUGCAGCUGCCGCCCAGCGGCAACGGCAGGAGCCGGGACGAGUGGGUGGAUGCGCUGCAGGACAUCGCGGCGCGAGCCAGCAGGGCGGCGGCGGCGGGCGCGGCGGCCGGCGCAGCGGCGGCGUCUGGAGGCGUGGCGGCGGGGAGUAGCGUGGGCAGGGAGGACAGGCACAGCAUGGCUGCACUGACCGCGGCAGCGGGCGGUGGUGUGGCGGCGACGGCAGCCAAGGCGUCGCGCGGGCAUUCUGGUGCAGGUGUUGGCGGCACGUAGGAUGGUGUGCGUGACAUCAGUCCAUUUUCACCGAAUCGUAGCCGAAACGGAACCCGGAGGUACUCUCGGCCACAUUGUUUGUCGGCUAGACGCAUUUGUGAACCUGCUGCACAUCACUUGCAGCAUCAUUUACACGGCGGAUGCGCAUGCUCAUGCCACGUGAUUACAGUAAUGCGAGUUUAAGAAACGCCAGCGAGCGCGCAACUUGCGUGGUAUCCUGCAUUGAGAAGCAAGGGCUGGCAGUAAGAGUUAGGUAGGGUGGGUCAGAAGGUCUGCGAGUGAUAAGCCCUGAAAUGCUGCUUGGUAGGGCUCUCCCUUGAUAGUGCUCAGGGCUCAAUCAAGGGAUGACAAGUUGAGCAUCGCAAGGCACAGAAUUGCAAGGCAGGCACUUGGGCAGGCAGUGGCCGAGAAUUGGGGGGGGGGGGGCAGCCAGGAUGCGCAGUGAUUAUCAUGACUGUUCACAACAGGUUAUGAGGUGAUCGCACAUCCGAGCCCUGUGAUUCAGAGUUAUUCUGUAUGCAUAGUAUUUGACCGACCAGACCGGCACAACUAUCGGGCAGGCUCAUGCGGGCGCCUCGCAAGCUCUUAAGCCCGGGCGCGUCAAUACCGGGGCGGCAGAAUUGAUGGCAGUGGCUGGAUUAGCGAUGGGGGUGGAUGAAGUGCGUGUGUGCCGUACUGUAUGUAGGUGGUGGAGUCUGGAGGACAUGUUGAGCCUGUCCUCCCCAGCUGUCCGGCCUAGGUCCGUUGGCGUAGGGAGCUAGAUGGGUUGCGCCUGUCUCAGCGCGAGCCCCAAUACACCGUCCUGAGUGGUCGUCUGUCCUAGGCGCAAGCUCAACACAUUGCUUCGGCGUGUGGGCACGCGGCGUUGGCGAGAGCCACGGAUGGCCCUAAUAACGUGGGCUCAUGUGAGUCAUGUCGCACCCGUGGAGGGCACUGUAACCGGGCCAUUCG